UUGUGGCGGUCGGAGUUUUCACUGUUUUGUUUCAGGGGUAUCAAUGGCAGCUGAAGCUCCCUUCAAGAGCCACAAACCUCGCUUUUCUCAGCCGAAGCGGAGGAAUCAAGGUGGAAAGCUCAAGUUCCGCUUCGUCCCGAAAUCUGAAUUGGAUUCUUCUAAUUCCGAGGUUGAUCUUUCGCUUAAAGAAUUAAGAAUUCGUGAGGUUGACGUCGAGCGAGAAUUGGACCCGGGGAACAAGGACGGUUCGGAGCUGAAGAAGGAAGUAGGAAAUAAGAGGGAAGAUAAUCAUGUGGAUGAUUCAAACAAGGAAGGGAAUAGUAUUUACAGUAGACUGGAUACUCUGAGCGAUGUAAGGGAGCCGGAAUUGUCAGAGGAACAGCUGAGUAUAAAUGAUCAAUUGCAAGCAGAUGAGGUACACAUACACAUUGAAGUUUUAGAUGAAAUUGGCAUCACAGCUAAGCUGAAUUCUUCUGAUGACCAUAAGACUGCGAGCAGCAGUGCAGAUGACUUCCCAUACUCUUUUAAAGUCCAAUAUCUUCCACCUAUUAUUUUGACAUGUUUGCUGCCAAAGUCAUACCCAAGCCAUCAACCGCCGCAUUUUAUAAUUUCUGUUAAGUGGUUGGACUCCACAAGAAUUUCUAGUCUAUGCUCCAUGUUAGAUUCAAUAUGGACUGAGCAGCAAGGGCAGGAAGUUAUAUACCAGUGGGUAGAAUGGUUACAUGGUUUUUCUCUUUCUCAUCUGGGAUUUGAUAAAGAGAUUACUCUUGGUCCUAAUGGCGUGAAACAUGCCGGAGAUGAGCGUGCAGUCUCAGGAGCUGUGUCCCUAGAUUUUGAUAUUCCUUCGUUACGAAGUUACAACAAUGAGAGACGUCAUGAGAACUUCCUUAAAGAAAUGCAUGAUUGUUGCAUUUGCUUCAAUGUAUAUGCAGGUACGGAGUUUGCUCAGUUACCAUGUCAGCAUUUUUUUUGCUUAAAAUGCUUGCAGACCUUUGCUCAGAUGCAUGUAAAAGAAGGCACCAUCAAUAAUCUUCAAUGUCCCAAUUCAAAAUGUGCUGUUAUGAUUCCACCCACUCUUUUAAAACGCUUGCUUGGUGAUGAAGAGUAUGAACGCUGGGAAUCCUUGAUGUUGGAGAAAACUCUUGCAUCAAUGUCUGAUGUUGCUUAUUGCCCAAGAUGUGAAACACCUUGUAUAGAAGAUGAAGAACAACAUGCUCAAUGCUCUAAAUGCUUCUUUAGUUUUUGUACCCUCUGCAGGGAACGACGCCAUGUGGGCAUAGCAUGCAUGACCCUAGACAUGAAGCUUCAAAUUUUGCAAGAGCGCCAAAAUUCAUCUCAAUUAAAGGAAGCUCAGAAGCUGAGGGAACGUGAAAAGAUUAAUGAAAUGCUCAGCGUUAAAGAAAUUCAUCGUGAUUCUAAGCUGUGCCCUUCCUGUCAAAUGGCUAUUUCCCGAACUGAGGGUUGCAAUAAAAUGGUGUGUGGUAAUUGUGGCCAAUAUUUCUGUUACCGCUGCAACAAAGCACUUGACGAAUCUGAUCCUUACGAACAUUUUAGGGAUGGGUCCUGUGAAUUGUUUCCUCAAGAAAUGGUAGAGGCUUGGCAAGAACGUAUAAACCACCGUCAGGUGGUAGGACAAUUACAAGCUGAACUCUUUUUUCAACGUGGCCAAAGAUGUCCUAAUUGUCGUCAAUUUAAUGCAAAGGUUGGAAACAAUAACCACAUGUUUUGCUGGGCAUGCCAAAGCCAUUAUUGCUACUCUUGCAGGGAAAUUGUUAGGCGUAGCACGCAGCAUUAUGGACCCAAGGGUUGCAAACAGCACUCCGAUGACUAGCAAGGAGAUCAAUUGUUAUAUUUUACUGGAGGUGAAUUUUGCUGACACUGUAAAAUUUUGAAGCUUUCAUUAUACACGAUUUAAGAUAGGGGCUACAUGUCCAUGGAGGGCAGUCGGAAUAUGUUGGCAAUGUGAGUCCACUUGACGCGUUGCAAGUGCCUCACCGAGGGGUGAGUGGUGAAACUAUUGUAAUUGUGUCUCAGAUUUAUUUCAUGUGAUUUUCUACUGUAUAAAAUAAAUAUAUAAGAGGAGUUUUGUUUGUGC